AUGCCGGUGCCCUCCCCCGCGACAAUAAUACCACCAAAUCCAGCUUCCAAGGUCAUGGCGGGUGAGGCAAAGGAAGCCGGUCCCACCCUUGGAAAAUCGUCCCUGAUGGCCGAACGGAUUCUGUCCGACAUCCUUGCCGCUGGCACUGCGACGAUGCUUGUUUCCCCCGGUAUGCACGCUCUUCCAUUAAUCUUCCCCCGGUUUUCUUCAUGGCUUUGUCACUUACUCCCAGCUCUCCCCCUCCACAGUGAUAUGUUUGAUCGAUCGGUGAGAAACUCCUGGCGGACGCCAUUUAUCAGCCCAAUUGGAUCUGCUGCGACAGUUCUGACCGCCAACGCUCAUCUACAGGAGUAUCAUUGAGAAUGCCUCUGGCAGGUCACCAUCCGUGCUUUCGUCGGCGGCGGCGUCGCUGAAAACGCUGCUCAAGACACCUCAUAGGUUUUUCUUUUCAAAGCCCUUCGCCCUUAUCUAUGUAUGACAUACCGGUUGAACCCUCCUCGUUAGAUGCCCAGGCUUACGGCGGGCAGAUGACGUACUUUGGAACCUACUUUACUGCGAAUUCAAUUGAUACAGCAUCGUCACUGCGAAAUGGCACGGAUCUGAAGACCGUCACGGCGGGCACAGAGAAGUUUGUUGCAACAUCCUGGUAAGUUUUCCCCAACCCAACCCCCACUCCCGACCUGUCUAUCUAAUGCUGGCCCAUAGUAUGAAUAUGGGCUUAGGUCUAGUCAAAGACCGCAACUUUGCCAGGAUAUUUGGUACGGGUUCUCCCAGGCCCGUCCCAUUGCCAACAUUUAUUCUUUUUUCAACAAGGGAUGCUAUGACAAUAUUUGCCUCGUUCAAUGUUCCACCACUACUUGCGCCCUACAUGCCACAGAGUAUGGGAGUCAGGCCGGAGAGCAUCGCACAGUUUUUGGCGCCGGCUGGUACGUCUUUCCAACGCCUCACGCCUCCGCAGUGAGAUCAUGGCUAAAUACGGCAUCCCAGCCUGCCAAAUGCUUUCCACUCCACUGCACCUCACGGGUCUUGAUAUCUACAAUCGGCAGGGCAAGGCUACCAUCAAGAGUCGUUGGGAGGCUGUCAAGAAGAAUUGGCCAGCCUCGGCACUUGCUAGGAUGUGCCGCAUCAUUCCAGCGUACCUUUACCCGCCGCCACCCCCACCCCCACUCCCAACUCGAUAAUGGUUUAUCCGUUAAUACUAUGUUUAUAGCUUCGGGUUUGGAGGAGUCGCAAACGCCAGAAUUCGAAGGUCACUAUUAGAAAAGGUCGAGAAAAGAAGCCGGUAGUGAUAAAGAAUGCACAGUAUAUGGGACUAGCUCUCACUAGACUAACUCAUCUUUUUUAUUGAGAAAUUCCGUUUCAAUUCUCUCUCCCUCCCUCCACCCCUCUCUUUAUUUCCCUCCUUUUCUUUUUUCCUUCUCCCUUCUCCAAUUUGGAGAGUGCGAUUACUAGGUUGGUGCCAGUCUGGAGCAAGGAUUUCCCCAGCAAAGAUAGAUCUCUCCCCACUUCCCGGUUAAUAGCAGUAUGUCCAAUGCAAUUACUGUAGACAC